AUGACCCGUAAGUCGACUUUUUGGCUUGAUUUUGCUUGUUUUUGUUCGAAAUUUAGAUAAAAUACGAAGAGCCUCUCUGUACCUCUCUUUUGAGACUAAUUUUUAUCUAAACUUUAUUGUUUUCGAGGGUUUUUUGAGGAUUCUUCUGUUAGGACCUAGUGCAAUGUUGAAGGCCAUGAAUACCACUGAGAUUGGCUAAAUGCUUUCCUUCAUUUGAUUUGGCAAUCUUUAUUAGACCUUUUAUUGGCAUCUGGACAAAAUUUUUGGCUUGUUUCUCCAAGCUUUAAUUUUUUAUGACCUUGAACUCUUGGACUAGUAUAAUAUAGAGAAAACUCAGCGGUUUGGACUAAAUUGGCACUCGCAGGCAACUAGAUCAAGCCUUCAGAGUUUCUGGACGUUUCUCUAUCAUAAGAUUUCCCGUUCACUCCAAAAACAUUUGCGAAGUCAACGAAAAACCGGUUAUUCGCUUGACCGCCGAGUGCAGUUCGUUUUUUCCAGUUGAUUUUGGGUGCGGGAAUGAAAAAACACAACACAAAGAGCAGUUGAGGGCUGAAGCAAAAGAUUAAACAGAAGGUUUACAAAAAUUCAUGAUAUAAAUAUUAAAAAUUUAUGUUACACUAGAUGAUCAAAAUUUUAUCCACAAAUUUUUUUCAGGUGGUAACCAACGUGAGCUCGCUCGUCUGAAGAACCUCAAGAAACAACAAGAUCAAGGGAAGAGCAAGUCGGCUGCGGAUCGUGCCGCCGGCGUCUCCACCGACACCCGCCUCAGUCGCGACGCCGACAUCAUGAGACAAAAGCAACAGAAGGCGCUGGAGAAGAAGCAGGCCGAAGAGGCGGCCAAACUCGCCAAGGCAGCGCCGAAGGUGGUCAAGUUCGACCCACUGAAGUAA